CCGUCCUGUGGCUUUGUGGAAGAUGCGGUGUCUGCAGCUUCUCUCCCCUCUGCCCUGGCUCCUGCUCCUUCCCCUUCUCCUGCCCUUGCCCCAACCUGGUUUGACCCAACCCCCGUCUGGCACCCUCUCACCCCAAGCCAGUGCCCUGCUCCAGACCCUGGGGCUGAGUCCGCGCCCAGGGCCCCCUCCCACCCGUCCCGUCCCCUCAGUCAUGUGGCGGCUCUUCCGAAGGGGCCCAGAGGCUGCAGAGACCCAAGGGUCUGAGAGCACAGGGCCAGAAAUGCCCCAGGAGCCCCAGCCCCUGCCCUGCCACGUGGAGGAGCUGGGAGUCCCCGGGAACAUCGUUCGGCACGUCCUCGAUGGCGGUGCCUCUGCCCCACCAGAGCCAGCCUUGGGCUCCCUAUGCCUGGAGAAGCCCCUUUUCUUCAAUCUUUCGUUCCUAGACCCUAAGGAGCAGCUGACACUAGUCCGCCUGGAAUUGAACUUUGGUGCCCCUGGAAACCUUGCCCCUGCCCAGAACUGGGAGCUGAGCCUGUCCUAUGCCCAGGGCCUCCGGCUGUGGGGUCAGCCCCUGCACUGGCACCAGCGAGAGGUCCUGCUGAGGCGGACAGUGCCCACGUUGCAUGAUCCCCUCUACUUUGACAUGCUGGCCUUGGGCCAGUUGGGGAAUUCCACCUUCCCCCAGAACCUGAGCCUAGUAUUGGAAAUGUUGCCUGGUGGAGACAGUGACCUGCCUCAAGGAUUGUGUACCAAACUGGGGCAUUCUCUAGAGGCGUCCCUGUUGGUGGUGACACUUGACCCACAGCUAUGCCAGCCCACCUCCAGGAAGCGCCGAGCAACCUACCUGGCCCCUCCGGACAGCCCCGACCCUCCCUGUAAGGCUCGACGGCUCUACAUCAAUUUCCGGGAAGUGGGCUGGCACAAUUGGAUCAUUGCCCCCCGAGGCUUCAUGGCCAAUUACUGUCAAGGGCACUGCUUUUUCCCCACUGCCACCAAGAUCUCCAGUUUGAACCACGCUGUCAUGCAAUCCCUGAUGCAUUCAGUGGCUCCAGCCACAACACCCCCACCCUGCUGUGUCCCCGUGAAGCUGUCACCCAUCUCUGUGCUCUUUUAUGACAACAGUGAUAAUGUGGUCCUUCGGCACUAUGAAGACAUGGUGGUUGAUGAGUGUGGGUGCCGAUGAUGGGAGCCUGGGUUCCCAAGGGCAAGGAAGAGCACCUGGAGUCCCUCCCUUCCUGCCAGAGGGGAUCCCCUAGAGGGGAAUCUGGUGUGUUCGGGCCUGCCCCCUGUGUGUAUCCUUAAAACCUGACUAAUAAAACUACUGGGUUUGGUUUGGUUUGA